GAAAUGAAAACUUGGCCUCGGAGCAAUAUAGAAGUUGUCUGUCUGGAGCGUAAGGCAGAACAUUUGUAACUUAUGUUCUAAUCACAACUGUGACCUCCAUCUUGUUCUCUUCAGUGUCCUUGUUCUUCCGCAGUCUUUCAUCCACAAAUGUCUUCUACCACUAACAGGGAGCAGCCAAUAUUUAGCACCCGGGCUCAUGUGUUUCAGAUCGACCCAAUCACCAAAAAGAACUGGCUUCCUGCCAGUAAACAUGCGGUCACAGUAUCUUACUUCUAUGAUGCUACAAGGAAUGUGUAUCGCAUCAUCAGUGUGGGGGGCACCAAGGCCAUCAUCAACAGUACUAUUACUCCAAACAUGACUUUUACCAAAACCUCACAAAAGUUUGGGCAGUGGGCUGACAGUCGUGCCAAUACUGUGUAUGGAUUGGGCUUCGCUUCAGAGCAGAAUUUGUCUCAGUUUGCAGAGAAGUUCCAGGAAGUGAGGGAAGCUGCCCGACUGGCAAGGGAAAGAUCUCAGGACAAGACUGACCUGACAAACCCUGCACUUAAUAUUACUUCUCAGCAGGUACUUCCUUCUCCUAUUAUCAGUGCCAAUGGACCAGGGGAUGACAAGCUGUUUCGGAGCCAGAGUGCAGAGAUGGAACUUAGCACAGAAAGGGAACGUGUUAAGAAGAUGCUCUCUGAAGGCUCGGUGUGUGAAGUUCAGUGGGAAGCCGAGUUCUUCAGCCUCCAGGAUAAUAACAACAAGUUGGUGGCAGCACUUCGAGAAGCUAAUGCCAACGUAGAAAAAUGGAAGAAGCAGUUGGCAGCAUAUCAGGAGGAGGCGGAAACGCUACGGCAACGGGUAGCUGAGCUUGAAUCUCAGACACUGAAAGAGACUAAUGAAGAACCAGGAGAUGAGCUAGCUUUAAGACUGAAAGACUUGGAGACCCUUCUCAAAACUAAGGAAGAAGAAAUUCUUUUGCUGAAGGAACAGAGGCCUGAUCUAAUGGAACUGGAGAGCGAGAGAGACAAGCUGCUUCAGAGGCUGCAGGAGCUGGAAGAGCGAAACCAAGAAAUGGAAAAGGAACUUGAGAGGUCAGAACAGAGUCUUAGAGACUCCCAGUCAGAAAGAGAUCGAGUUCGAGAAGAGAUAAGCAAAGCUGGAGAAGAUCUUGAUGUUAAAAUAUGUCAACUGAAUGAGUUGCGUAUUGGACUCUCUAAACUUCUGGAAAGCAACUGAAAGGGAACAAUGGGGCUACACAUGGAAAUAGUUGAUGCUGUUUUUGCUCUUGGAGGAAUUCAGACCGGUGAUCCAGGAACAGUAGCUGACAUAGGCUAAUGAGGAUGUUUAGCAGUAUUUCCUCAGUUCAUUGUAUUUACAGGCACAUGUCGAUCAAUGGUAUUUUUCUAGCUCAGUUUGCUCUCUUCAUAGCAAAACUUGUUCUCUUCCACUUCAGAGGUCAGCAUCCUCACCACCCUUUGUUUUUAACAUUAUAACUCAGUGCCACAUUUUCCUGCCAGGAGUAUAAGCCAUUGUAAAAAACCAAAAGAAAUAUGUGGAGCAGUUAUAGCUGGAAGUAGGUAAGGGCUGCUUACAAUCACUCUUUACCCACUGUGAUGUAGAGAUAAGCCUGUUGUCUCUUUCUGUUUCAUAAAGCCGCUUUGAUAAAGGUGUAUAUUACCCAUUCAAAUCAUGCAGCUGUGGAACUGCCUUAAUAGAUGGCAGCCGUACUGUUAGCCAUUUUAAGUAUAGGAACAAAAAGUCAUGAUGUUAGUCCAGUGUAAAUCUAGUUUUAAAAUGUUAUUUUUCUACAUGUCUGAAUACAGUGGAACUGUGUAUUUAAUGAAGUGCAUCAAAAGACAUAGGGCUUUUUAAGGACACAGCCCCUUCAACAUAGUUUUAUCAGACUAACUAUGGCUGGUUGUUAAAUAAAACAAGCUGAUAAA